GAAAGAUUUGCCCUUCGUGGCUCGCACAGACUAACAUAUAAAAGCUGUUAGCAGCUCCUGUAGCCAGCCGCUAGAAAGCUUGCAAAGUUUCUCUCUCCCUCUCCCUCUCUUUCUCUUUGAGGGUUUGUAAUAAGACACACACUUCUUUCCAAGGGUUCACACUAGAGCACAGACAAGAGCUGUUUAACUUGGAAGGACAAUACACUAGGCUUUUUGGUUCUGCAAAGAGAUCUUCUGCUUACCAUAGUGAGUUGAAGUAAAUCUUUGCUCCCCACCCCACCACCAGGGCCCAAAAUGACAGUAAUUUCUGCCAUCAGUGGUACCCUCUUGAUUUCCAUUCUCUGUGAAACAAGUGCAAUAGAGUCACACAACUCCACUGAGCUGUUCUUGUCAGCCAAUAAUUACACGGACGCUGGAGCGGCCUUGAACAUUCCUCCGGAUUCUGCAAGCCCUCCCAAAACCAGGAGGAAACGAUAUAUUUCACAGAAUGACAUGAUUGCCAUUCUGGAUUAUCACAACCAAGUCAGAGGCAAAGUCUUCCCACCAGCAUCUAACAUGGAAUAUAUGGUGUGGGAUGAAAAUCUAGCCAAGUCGGCUGAAGCAUGGGCUGCCACCUGCAUUUGGGACCAUGGCCCUUCAUACCUAAUGAGAUUCUUGGGACAAAAUCUGUCGGUACGGACUGGAAGGUAUCGAUCUAUUCUCCAGCUGGUGAAGCCAUGGUACGAUGAAGUGAAAGACUACGCAUUUCCGUAUCCUCAGGACUGUAAUCCAAGGUGUCCGCUGAGAUGCUAUGGGCCCGUGUGCACACAUUACACCCAGAUGGUUUGGGCCACUUCCAAUCGAAUAGGCUGUGCAAUCCACACAUGCCACAACAUGAAUGUCUGGGGGUCAGUCUGGCGACGAGCUGUUUAUUUGGUAUGCAACUAUGCCCCAAAGGGGAACUGGAUUGGAGAAGCGCCAUAUAAAGUAGGGGUGCCGUGUUCUGCUUGCCCUCCCAGUUAUGGAGGAUCCUGCACUGACAACCUUUGCUUUCCAGGAGUAACAUCAAACUACUUAUAUUGGUUUAAGUAAAAUAGUGCAGCAUCCCAAUAACUAUUCUGGUCAAAUGAGACUGUAACAAAAUAUUGUAUAUUGAACUUUGCACAUAUUGUAUGUAAAUAAUUUUAAUAAUAUUAAUAAUAAUAAAUGUACUUUGUGAAGUAGUUUGAAUAAUUAGAUUUCUGGAUGUGGCAAAAAUCCCCUGCUUAAUUGACAGAGUCACCCUUCCAGAUCACUGAUAGGCGGAGAGGGAUAUCAUAUAUUUACAAAGAGAAAGAAAAGGAAGCUAUAGAAAUGGCAAGUAAUGGAGUGAUCCACAAAUAAUCUUAACUGGAGUACUUGGAUUUAAGGUAAUUAAAUUCUGCUUCCUUAAAAGUCAUUGGGAAUAUAUUUUCUUAUCUUCAAAAACUCCACCAUUACAGGGUUGUAGUGAAAUGCAAUGUUCUGAGUUUUACAAAGGCCUUCUAGCCAAACUGGCAAAAUAGAAGAUAUGUACAAAUCAAGCAAUUUAAGGAAUGCAAAUUAACUCUGUAAUAGAACAAAAUCACCUAUGAAUUA